UGUUAUAAUUGGGGCAGUCUCUAUUUCUUCUAUUAACUAAAGAAAGGAGAAUGCAAUCAUCUAUUGGAAAAGGCUUUCAACUUUUCCCAUUUCUUAUUAUUUUAUUUGUUAGCCUUUGCCUUAGCCAUGUGUGUUGGAUCCAAGUUCGAGCCAACUCCGUUUUGAAUUCCACAGAUGAGAGCAGAUCUACGGAUCCAUUUCUUUUGUCUACAAGCUUACCUGUGGACACAGCCUUCAAGUUUCCAUCUGCUUUACCCGUUAUCCCUUCGGGUAAGAGUAAUUUUGGGAAAGGAAGGAUAGAUCUGGGAGGUCUCGAGGUGAUCCAAGUCUCCAUCUCAACCUCAACAUCAAAGAUAGUAUGGAGGACGUACGAGGGCAUGGGGCUCACUAUAUAUCAACCUAUCAACCUUCCUCCCAGCUUCUUCACGCUUGGCUUCUAUGCCCAACCCAACAACCGUCAGCUUUUCGGCUGGGUUCUUGCUGCAAGAGACGUGUCUGGAGAUAGCUUGAGGCCACCCGUUGGCUACAUUGCUGUCAUGAACACUACAUCAAUGAUUAUCAAGCAAGACGGUCCUGCGUAUUUUUGGCAGCCCCUAUGUCUCAAUGGGUAUCAAGCGGUUGGUCUAUAUGUCACUACUUCUCCUCUGGAGCCAUCUUUGAGUCAAGAAUCUAUAAGCUGCGUUCGAUCCGAUCUUACAGAACAGAGUGAAGCCGACACAUGGGUUUGGGGGACAGAAGAACUGACCAUUUCUAGCAUGAGACCGGCCAACAGAGGAACAGAAGCAACGGGCGUGUACACAGGGACAUUCAGCUGCAAGCGGCUAAACUUCUCUCCUCCUCCACCUCCUCUGUCCUGCUUGAAGAAUACAAGAUCUGGCUUGUCCAGCAUGCCAAGCAAAGAUCAAACUAGCCUACUGUUUAAAACGUAUUCACCGUGGGUGUAUUUGCAUCCGGAUGAAGAUUUCCUCCCUUCCUCUGUCGAGUGGUUUUUCUCAAAUGGUGCCCUUUUAUUCCAGAAAGGGAACGAAUCAAACCCCGUCGCAAUACAACCGGACGGUUCAAACCUUCCUCAAGGCGGUUCGGACGAUGGUUUGUUCUGGUUGGACUAUCCGGCGGAUAAGGACGCAAAGGAAAGGGUGAAGAGGGGAGACUUGGGAAACACGAAGGUGUAUCUGCACAUCAAACCAAUGUUUGGAGGCACUUUCACUGACAUAGUCGUGUGGAUAUUCUAUCCUUUCAACGGCAAUGCCCGCCUUAAGUUUUUAUUCGUCAAGAGCCUGUGGCUGGGGGAUGUAGGCGAGCAUAUUGGAGACUGGGAACAUGUUACGCUGCGCAUCAGCAACUUCAACGGCGAGUUAUGGCGCGCAUACUUGUCGGAGCACAGUGCGGGAACGCUAGUGGAGGCAUGCGAUCUAGAGUUCCAAGGUGGAAACAAACCAGUGAGCUACUCGUCGCUUCACGGCCACGCAAUGUUCUCAAGACCAGGAAUGGUGUUGCAGGGCGAAGGCGGGAACGGUUUAAGGAACGACAUGGCAAGAAGUGACAAAUUCUUCGACGCAGGAGCUGCAUAUGAGAUGGUUGCAGGACCGGGGAUGGUGGAGCCACCGUGGCUCAACUAUUUUAGGAAAUGGGGACCAUUUGUUCAACAUGAUAUUCAAAAGACAUUCGACGGUAUCGCCAAGACAUUGCCUGGAUUCUUUCGUGCCAAAUUCAGAAAAUUUAUUAACCAAAUCCCUCGUGAAUUGUUUCAAGAAGAUGGCCCCACUGGUCCCAAAGUCAAAAGGUCUUGGACCGCUGAUGAGUGAGAGAGACUAAUCUAAUAGAAUCUUAAUUUUAUCUAUAA